GGGAUGACCAGGGCUGGACAGGAUCAGAGGGACCAGACGGGAGCCAAGUUCAAGAUUCAUUAAGCUAAUAAGGUAGGUCUGCGCCUCAUGACGCCCGUGUGCCCGAUGUCCCGGGAGUUCCUCAAGGCCUCACACUUCUCUCUGGGUCCUGAUCCACGGCUACAUGAUGGCACUAUGCAGUGCACAACACACAGGGACUUCGCGGCCUAUCCCUAUGUCACCCAGGUCCAGCUCCCCUCGUCACCACCGCAAGGCACAAUCUUCCAAAAGGAAGCGCGGUGGGCUGCCCAGAAGCGUAUAUCCGAGAUGCGCCGUGCAUUCUCACCACCGCCCACGUUACUGUCGCAGGACCAGCUGCGGGAGCACACAAUGGAGCAUACGCGAGCUAUGCAGGUGAGCAACCUGCAUUUGCACGCGGAUACGCGUCCUGUCCUCAACUUGUCCAUUGCACGUGCUGACUACGGCUGGCCGGAUCUACCACCAAGCCCCCGCGCGGACAUCCGAGGAGCACGCCUCCUCUUUGACCGGGAUUCGAUGCCCUCGGGUGACAGGAAGAAGCUGGGCAUGCCAUCCACCUCAUACCAGGCACACUACCAGCCCUACGAUGGCGUAACCCCUCAGCCCCGUGCGCCCUGCAGCCAUCUAGGGGGUCCUAACACCCUGAAGUGGAACUACAAGGGACAGGAAGACACCUCCUACAAGAAGCAGUUCCAAGCCCUCCCAAGCCCACCAGCCUUGAUGUGUAAGAGGGCCUCCUCCAGUAUAAACCUUGGAGACAGCAAGAUUGGCUAUAGUCCCCAGUGCUCACUUGUGAAGCAGACUUACACACCUCAGGGGCUGUCCCCAGACAGGUACAGAAGGCCACUCUCUCCCUGCAGUUGGCUUUCAGCAACAUGUUGGGUGUAUUGCUCAGGGCUCCUGAACUUUUGCUUGCCUUGGAAAUGUUCAUUCCAAGCUCCACCUCAAUAUCACAUUGCCUCCUAA